AUGAAUGGUAUUGGGAUUGUUACUGAUAACCAAAUGGCAAUUAAAAUCUUCAGUAUAGCUGCCCCAUACUUAAUGAAACUAUUCAAUAUCAACAAAGAAGUUGGAACCAUAUCUCUUACAAAAAUGCUAAAUUUCAUAAGCGUUGGAAAGGAUAAGAAAAAGACAUAUGUCUAUUCUAAACUUGUCAAUGAAG